UGGAUUGUCCUUUUUACAGAAUAUUGAAAUAUUGUGUUAUCCUUAGCUAUAUAUAUACACACGAUGUGUUAAUUGUCAACCAUAGCUCUUCUGAACCGGAUAUGACAUAAUGGUUAACAUUCUGGGCUGUGGAUCUGAAGGUGUAAGAUUCGAAUUGCUAAGUUUUGUUUAACACCAUCUACACCUUCACCCGUGAGGUUGUUAUAACUUUGACAAACAAACUCCCAUUUUCGGUUCAGAGUAGCCACAUUGGUAGAGAGCGCUGCCUACUGGUUGCCCCCUCUUUUGACCACCAGGAGUGGCUAUGCCGUUUGCCCAUGUAUUGGAUAAUGUGACAUUCAGGUUGAAAUUACCAGUUAUUUAGCUAUCUUACUUCAUUCCGUUUGUUUUAAGUAUAUGAAACACUAGUGCACAUGUGAGCUGGUGAAUAUGGCUGUCUUGUUUGAUUCAUUAAGAUUUUGUAAUGUGCAUGACACUCGUAUGUUCUUAUCGUCUGUCUCCCAGACUAACAGAUCUAUAUUUCAUGUUACUGUUGCAGGGAAUGGUGAAAUCACAAAACAAAGAGAUGGCGUCGAAGAUAGAUGAUAUAAGCUCACUGAGACAAGGUAGGUGUUUCUGGCCAGAUGAAACCACUGACCUAGACAUCUUGGAUGACCUAGAAAAGUCCCGCGGUGCCACCAAGAGACCAUCCGGUUCAGCAGAAGAUCCUUCUCCCAACAGCGAAUCCACAGACUCGAGCUCUGUAAGCGACGAGAUUACCAUCCCGACAAAACCCAAGCAACAAAGAAGGUCGUCAACGAACGGACGUAGACGGCGACAAACCUUGAAUGCGAGAGAGAGAAAUCUUCGUCGGUUAGAAAGUAACGAAAGAGAGCGCAUGCGCAUGCACAGCUUAAAUGAUGCCUUCCAAUCCCUCCGAGAAGUGAUACCCCAUGUUGCAAUGGAGAGAAAAUUAUCGAAGAUAGAAACACUGACACUAGCAAAAAACUACAUAAUGGCACUUACAAAUGUGGUUUGUGAGAUGAAAGGAGAAAACAAACCCUACAAGCUGUUACCAGAAAACCGAGAUAGCAACAACAACGACAAUGAAGAUCGCGUCGAUAUGGCAGUUGGACUUUCUGAAAGUGCAUUAAAUUUUAAAGAAAUAAACCCCAACUACCAGGGGAAACUGGAAGGAGUAGACAUCACUCAGUUCGAGGUUCCCUCUCGAGACUCCAACGCUCUUUAGUUGUUAAAUUUUUAGCACGUGAAUUUCGAAUCUAUAAACAAGAAGCGUUUGUAGCCAUAUUCCAUAAGGAUCGUAAAUUAAUAUCGAUAUCAUGAUUAACGCUCAUCUUCAGUUUUUUUUUUUAAAUCUAAUCGGUUCUAGAAAUUAAUUAAAGCGUUUUAUUAGAUUCGAAUUUUACAGGGUCGACAUUUAAUGAGGAGAGGAAAGAGAAAUUAUCUAAUAUAAAAAUAUCAUAAAUUGGCUAGAAAAUGUAAAAUAGAAUCACAUAUGCAUAUUUUAUAAGAAACUAAAAGCACAUUUCUUCUUUGUAAAAGUAAAACUGGAAAGACAUAAAUAUAUUUUUUUUGGCAGUGAGUUGGAAUUUACACUAUAAACUGAAAAGCUAGAAAUUCUAAAUGAUAGACUUAAUGCCAAUAUUUACAUAUCAUUAUCAUCACGAGAGUGUUCACUGUGGAUUUUCCAUUAUUAUUGUACUCAUAAUCACGCAAAGGAAAAAAAAAUAUAGGUAAAAAAUGUUCGAAUUUUGGAGUGAGAGGAGUAGCAGUAGCCGAUAAUCGUGAUAACGUUAAUUACAUUUAAAAGUAUAUAUUUAAUAAAUAAAUGUGUGUAAUAAUAACAGUUAAGUACUCUUACUAAGAUAUGUUUUUAUUUUGAAUGGUUUAUAAAGUUCUUUAUGUUUAAUAUGUUUUUAUUUUCGUCUUGAAGAAAUUGUUAACAGGUUAACAACGAUCUAUUUGUUUUUUUAAGUUAAUUCUUAAUUUGAUAAACGAAUGACUGAAACAGUUGUUGCUUCGGAUUAUCAAACUCUUUUUCGUUCUAGAGUUUUCGGUCAGAGAAGUGCACGCUCUAGUCCUAUAGAUGAUGAUAAUGUUGUCUUCUAUCUACAGAUAUUGCACUGUGAACGUUAUUAUUAGAAACGCGACUAUAGACUGAAAGUGACGACUGACACAGGAAGAUGAGAGGUGGAGAUAGAGUUGUAAUGAUAGUUGUAAAUCGAUUAACGUUUUUUUUUCCCCAUUUGGUGUCUCGUGGAUUUCGUAUGUGUGUGUGUGAAUGGAAUAUGUAACUUGAGCUAUAACUAAGCAUCUCAUUGCACAGCUAACGUUCACGUGAUUUUUACUGUUAAAAUUCUGAAAACAAGAGGGAAAUAAUACUUCUAAGUGAUCGCGCUCUGAAUGUAAAGUCUUCUCCAAUCUUUUAACCUUAAGGUCGUAGUUCAGUCGUUGUUGAAGGACGUUUUGCUGCUAUAGUGUUGUGCACUAGGUAUUCUGGAAUCUACAACAGACGAAAAGCUCCACGGUGGUUGAGUGAUAAGUCUGCAGGCUUACGACGCUGAAAUUCAGGUUUCGAUACCCGUGGUGGGCAGAGCAUAGAUAGCUCAUUGUGUUGCUUUGUGUUUAACAAUAACCGAACUAACAGACUAAAAUUAAGUAGGCAUUUUUUGUUUUCAAUUCUCCCAGUAACGAGCUAACCCAGAAAACAAAAUAGCACGAGUUAACCCGGCAAAUACAUUAGCGAUGGUUAUCGUUUCUGAUCUUGAAUAACAAAAAACAAAACACACCAAAUCCCCUAGAAUCUAAGCCUAAGUUCUGGUUCGUGAAGUCUGAAAAUUUGGUUCUUAUUCUAAAGUGUAUACAACUUUAUAUGAGGAAGAGUAAGUGGGUGCGGACACGUGAUUGUAUGGUGUCUGUUUCAACUUGUUUUUUUUUAGACCGUUACUGAUUUCUAUACCGCCACAACUUUACAAUAUGCCUUCCUUUGGACCCCCUAGAGGCACAGCAGCAUGUCUGCUAACUUACAACGCUAGAAACUGGGUUUCGAUACCCGUGGUGGGCAGAGCACAGAUAGCCCAUUGUGUAGCUUUGUGCUUAAUUACAAACAUACAAAUAAAUAG